GUGUGAGAGAGAGAGAGAGAGAGAGAGAGAGAGAGAGAGAGAGAAGAUGUCAAUGCAAAGAGAAAUGCAAAAGACUAUAAGAUAGAGAGAGCAGGAAGCAAAGCAGUGAAGUUGAAGGCUUGAAGCUUCUUUUAAUAAAACAGAGAACUUUCUCAGCUUUUCUUUAUCACUUGCCUCACUUUUGUUAACAAUGUCUUGCAAGCUCCAUCCUCAACCCCAGUUCUGAAAACGUUCACAGGACUCACCAAUACCAUGGAGUUCGAUCUUGAAAACCCAUUGACUGAUUCCCACGAACCGCACUCUGACACCAUCCCUUCUCUCUUCCUCGUUGAAUCUGAUCACAUGCCCUCAGAAAACUACUCUCAGAGUCUCCAAGCCCAAGGGUUUGAUAUCUCUGUUCGAAGAGAAGCCAUCUCUUCAAUUUCAAAGCUCUCUUGCGACUUCGAUCCGCUCUUAUCGUACCUUGCAGUAAAUUACCUUGAUCGGUUCUUAUCUAGCCAGGGGAUGCUGCAACCAAAGCCAUGGCUUAUAAGGCUUCUUGCCAUCUCCUGCGUUUCUCUAGCUGCCAAGAUGAAGAAAACAGAGUUUUCCGUCGCUUUUUUCCAGGGUGAUGGAGGUUUUAUUUUUGACACACAAACAGUGGAGAGAAUGGAGAUCCUCAUCUUGGGAGCUCUAAAAUGGCGAAUGCGCUCCAUCACUCCAUUUUCUUUCAUUUCUUAUUUCAUUUCCUUGUUCAAAGUGAAAGACCCAUCACUGAGGCAGGCUCUUAAAGCCCGAGCUACAGAAAUCAUAUUCAAAGCUCAAAAUGAGAUUAAGCUUUUGGAGUUCAAGCCUUCAGUAAUUGCUGCAUCAGCGCUUCUGUCUGCUGCUCAUGAAUUAUUGCCCUUGCAAUAUCCCUGUUUCAGAAAUGCAAUAUCCAGUUGUUCAUAUGUAAAUAAAGAGAAGUUGCUGCAAUGCUUCAACGAGAUGCAAGACAUAGUGAUAGAUGGGUACGAGUCAGUGUUGGAGAUGGUAUCGAGCUCAGUGACAGCGGUCAAUGUGUUAGAUCAGCAGUUUUCAAGCUCCGAAAGUGAAAAGACCGAUGGCACUUUUACUACAACGAGGCCAGAGAGGGACAUAAAGAGGAGAAAAAUCAUAGAUUACUGUGGCAAUCUCACGGUCCAGAUUUCUCGGAUUCGACAGUACUGAUAGCCUGAUUCCAAAAGUUUCACCGAUCCAUGAGAGGAAACGUUACCUGCUUCGGGGAAACAAACAGAAAAUGGAGAAAAAAAAAAGGAGAGGGGUGGGUGAGAAAGAAGGUGAUAUUUCAUGGGCAAAAUCACUGUUUCAUGAUCUCAGUAUGGCCCAUUACUCUUCUCUGGGUAAGACAGAUGGGAGAAGAAAGAAGAGAAUUUUAAUUUGUUUCCUUUUGUUUUUCCUAGAGACCAAACAAAGACAAAACAUAACUUUGAAUUGUAGGGUUGAAUUUUGUGUUUCUGUACUUCUGGUUUUAGUGUGGUUGUGUUAGCUUCUGGCAAAAGUAAUAAUAAUAUCAAUAACAAAACUACAAUUUUCUAGGAACUAAA